AGUUGCCACUUCUUGCCAGUGUUCGCUUGACUGAAUGACAGGUUCAUAGACUACUAUAUUUUUUAUGUAUAAUCUUUCAGGUUGCAGGCCUAGUGUUCUUGUUGUUCUAUAAAGACCACUUUAUUAUUUUUAAUAAUCUCACAGGUAGAUCUUACACAAUAGGACGUCGCGGUCGUCACAGAGUAAACUGUCGUUCAAUGUAACUCUAUGAUACGAAAUCUAUCAAAAACCAUUUAGGGUAUAUAUAUUCUUUGGUCAAAAAUGAAUGUCACUUUGACAAAAGCUACGUUUUAGGUUAGGAAUUUUAUAGAUUUAAGUAAACAAUCUGGAUUAAAUCAUGUUCUGUAAACAUGUUUGUAAGACGAGUUAUUACAACACAAUAACUUUAAAUUAUUUCCGUAAAUUUAGUUCUAUAGGCUGUAAUCGUGUUAGUCUAGAAAGAAAUGAAUUUUUCCCAUACAAAUGCAGUUCAAAUCCGAAACAGAAUCAUAUUUACCUUCCAAAUAUCUAUUCUAAAAGAGAUUUCUCUCUGCAAGGAUUUGUAAAAUGGCAGGAACAACUUUAUUCAAGUAUAUCAAAUAGCACGCCGGUUCAUUUUAUUCAGGAUGGUUUACUUUAUUUUCAUGAUGUGACUGGCAUGUCUUGGUGGGCUACGAUUAUCACAUCUACUGUACUUGUGAGAACCUUAAUGACUCUACCACUUACAGUAUACCAGAACUAUAUCCUAGCCAAAGUAGAAAACAUCAGUUUAGAACUUAAAGACAUGGUUAACGAAUUGAAAAGGGAGACAGCAAUAGCAAGGAAAGCUUACAAUUUAACAGAUAAACAGACUGUAAUAUUGUACAAAAGGUCCAUGAAAAAGCAAUGGAACAGCCUAAUAGUCAGAGAUAACUGCCACCCAUUUAAAGCUAGUCUACUGGUUUGGUUCCAAAUUCCAGUUUGGGUUUGCAUGUCAUUUGCCUUGAGGAACCUAGUCUACAUGCCUGACCCAGACCCUGCAGCAAUAGUGACUCUCAUGGAGAUGUCUACAGGAGGAAUAGGUUGGAUCCCAAAUCUGACUGAGCCUGAUCACUCUUGGGUCCUACCAGUGGGGUUUGGACUGUGCAACUUGUCCAUUAUUGAAAUACAGAGAAUGUCCAAGCUAAGGCAACCCUCCAAGCUAUACAAUGUUUUCACAAAUGUGUUUAGAGUAUUCACAAUAGUUAUGGUGCCUAUUGCAGCAAGUGUGCCUUCUUGUAUGUGUUUGUAUUGGGUCACUUCAAGCAGUGUGGGUCUUGUCCAGAACUUAGUACUGCUGUCACCAUCUUUAAGGAGGAAGCUCAGAAUACCCCUAGCUCCAAGUGAACUUGAGUACCCCUAUCAGCAUAUUAGAGAAGAAAUAAAACACUCUUUAAAAAGAAUUGUGUCCAAGACAUCAUGAUUUACAUUGUACUGACAAGUUGAUCAAACAUGUUCAAUAAAUCAGUCAUAAUAAAUAAAUAAAAUAUCA